AUGUCCAUAUCCAGCCCCCCCAAACGAUCCUCUUCCACCAGUGCCAAACCCCUUUACGCCUCACAGUCUACCCUCCCUCAUCUCCCUGUUCCAACUCUCAAUUCGACAUUCCACAAAUACCUCGAAACGCUCAAGCCGCUGCUUACCACUGAGGAAUAUAGCCGAAACGAGGGGCUGGUUCAAUCCUUCUUGAAGAGUGAUUUUUCAAAAGUACUUCAAAAAAGAUUAGAAGAUCGAUCGAAAGAAAAGGAAUCAUGGUUGAGCGAAUGGUGGAAUGAUACUGCCUAUAUGGGUUAUAGAGGUCGAAUCAUCCCCGAUGUUAGUUAUUUCUAUAUCCACAAGAGAGGAUUAGGACAGGGGGCGAGUCAAGAGGAAAGAGCGGCGGAACUGGUGAGAGCUACAGUAGAGUUCAAGAAAUUGGUUGAUAGCGAAAUACUAGAACCUGAAAAAGUCAAAGGUCAACCAUUAUGUAUGAACUCGUAUCAAUACUUGUUCAACGCAGUCAGAACACCCACCAAACCCGCCGAUAUACCUGUGAAUCACGGACCUGACCACCACCACAUCGUCGUAUUAAGGAAUAACAGGUAUUUCAAAGUUGAUACGAAAGGGAGAGGCAAACAGGAUCUAGUCAAUGCUUUCAAAGAAAUUAAGAAAAUUGCAGAUGCCAAAGAAGGUAGUGGGUUGGGGAUCUUGACGAGUGAUAAUCGAGAUGUAUGGACUGAUGCUCGAGACCACCUAAUCUCCCUCUCACCAAGCAACAAAUCCUCCAUCGAUGCUAUUGACUCUGCUAUUCUCCUUGUGUGUCUAGAUGAUGGACCUGCUCCUUCCACGGACGAUUCCAGAGCAUGGUCCCUUUGGGCUGGUGGACAUGAUAGAUCACCUAGUCGGAAAGGGUUCAAUAGAUGGUUCGAUAAACAUCAGAUCAUCGUGGAUGCUGAUGGAGAAUCGGGAUUCAAUGGUGAACACUCGAUGUUGGAUGGGACACCCACCCUGCGUCUGAACGAGUUCACGCUGGCCUCCCUCCAAGCUGGUAAGAUACCGCUAGAAUUACCCGGAAACGAGAAAUCGAAAGAUCCCAUGCCCAAACCUGAAGAAGUGGAAUUUGUAUUGGAUGAAAAAUUGAAAGGCAUCGUGGAGAAGUCAAGGAAAGGCUUUGGUGAAGAGAUGGGACUACAGGAUCUAAAGAUGGUCAACUUCGAAGGGUAUGGUAAAAACUUGAUCAAAACGCAUAAAGUCUCACCAGACGGAUGGGUCCAAAUGGUAAAACAACUUGCUUUCCAUCGACAGUUCGGUCGACCUGGAAUAACCUACGAAUCAUGUCAGACACGUAAAUUCCUAUUGGGUCGAACCGAGGUUAUCCGAUCUGCUUCCUCUCAAUCUAAAGAAUUCUGCGAGGCGAUGUUAGAUUCCAACGCGAAAGAUACGGAAAGAGAAGGAAAGUUCCGCAAAGCAAUCGAAAGACAUAUUCAAUAUUCGUCUUGGGCCGCGGAUGCUCAGGGAGUAGAUAGACAUUUGUUCGGAUUAAAGAAAUUGGUAAAUACCACACAAGGAGAGACGGUACCAGAGGUAUUCACGGAUAAAGCUGGGUUGAGGAGUGGGCAUUGGGAAUUGAGUACGAGUCAGUUAAGUAGUAAAUUAUUGGAUGGAUGGGGUUAUGGUGAAGUCGUCGAAGAUGGCUAUGGACUUUCGUACUCUAUCUUGGACGAUAAAAUCACAUGGUGUAUAACUACCAAGAAUAACGAUGCUGAGAAAUUCGGUGAUGCACUUUGCGCCGCGGCGGAGGAGUUGAAGGAGAUGAUGGAAAGGGCCAAGAAAUCGGCUGGCGAGAAAGGUUCCAAGUUGUGA